AUGGAUCAGAACAUGAUACAGGGGUGUCUGGACCAAGAAAAGCAACUGGUGCUACAUACAAAACAUACCACCUCAAUUAUUCACUCUUCAGCAUCCACAUCACUUCAUACUGAACCUUCUCAGGCUGGUACUCCUAUGGAAUUGAUGCUCCCUUUGACAACCAACACAAAUCUAACAACAAACAUAGAAGUUGAAGCAGGUAUGGUUGCGCAUAGAGAUGGUGAUCAUGGAACAUACCUUGAAAGCCGUGAUCUUAAACACAGUUCCAAGUCGAUGGAUGUUUCCAGAUGGGAUAUCGAAUAA